CGCGGGCCCGGGGAGCGCCGGGCGGAAGCGGCGGGGGAAGCCUCGCUCGGCCGCGCCGGAACGGAGCGAGGGAGCGCGGGAGGCGGCUGAGCCCGGCUCUCCGUGCCCGCCGGAGCCCCACGCUGCCCGGGAGUUGCUGCUGUUGUUUUAAGGACAUUGAUGUGAACAUCAUAGUGAUAGUUCACCUUGAUCAUCAUCAGAACAAGCUCCACAAGAAAUGGGGGACGCGGAGCCGUGGUACUGUCAGCAGGUGUACGCGAGGUACUGGAGGCACUAUGACCUAGCCAUGCGCUGGAUGCGCAGGCACCAGAAAGCCUACAGGAAAGCCAUGGAGUCCUUUUACCGCGUGCCGUGGCAUCCGUGGCAUCCUGCUGCAGCCUCUCCAAGCAGCCACUACUCAGAUUGGGAUGGGAAUGAUCUCCCACAUAUGCAAAACUAUUCUUCCAGCUACAGACCAGAUGUCAGAGUUCCAUGUCACGGGGGAGCUCAGCAGUACGCAGGUGCCUGCCAGGAGAGGGAGGAUGCUGAUGAGGACUCUGAAAUGGAAGAGGAUGCUGAAAGGGACUCUGAAAUGGAGGAAGACUCUGAGUCUGAAGGAGAGAUAGAAUAUGACUUGAGUAACAUGGAGAUCACAGAGGAGCUUCGCCAGUUUUUUGCAGAGACAGAGAGGCACCGGGAAGAGCUGCGGAGGCAGCAGCAGCUGGAAGCUGAGGACCCCUACGUGGAGGCUGAUCAAGACCUGCACAGGAGGGUGGAGCGUUCUGUGGAGCCGCCCACAGAAAGACCUGGGGAGAGGCGCGUGGCAGAAAUGAAGAAGCUCUAUGGUGCUGAAGCUGCCAAAAUCCAGGCAAUGGAGGCUGCCAUGCAGCUUAUCUUUGAUAGGAACUGUGACAAAAAGCAGCCCAAAUACUGGCCCAUUAUUCCCCUUAAGCUGUGAGUACCUGCACUGUGCUCUGACAUGGCACAGGGCUGUAGGGUCAGGUGCCUCAGGUUGGGCUGCUGAAAGAACAAACUGCAAGUUUUGGUUUUGGGCUUUAAAGGAGAGUCUGGCAAGGACAGCAUGUAUUUCUUUGGCCUUUUUUUCUUUUACAGUGUCUGUCAGUGAUGCUUACAGUCCAUUCAACCCACAUACAGUUGUCAAGUAGUAAUAGGAGGGACAGGACUAUCAAACCUGUGUAAAAUUCACUCAUUUGAUACCUGCUUGCCUUGACCAUACAUGCGAGAAACAUAACAACAUCCGUAUCCAGUGAACUGGGAAAACUUGAAGCAAUGCAGAGGAGAAAAAGACUUUAUGAAUUGUCUGCUCUUCCUGUUUCGGAAUUUGAGUGAUCCCAUUUUCUAGUCUUUCUUAACAUAGUAGUUAUUAGGAUCUUGUUUCACACCACAUAGCUUGAAGUGUUAUGUCUGCUAAUCUUGGAUUUUUUUGAGAAUUGGGAGCCCACUGGCCAAGAUACAACUUAUCAAAUUACCAUAGCCCAGACAUUGGAAUUCUUUUUCAAAGGUUUAUAAUAAAGCAGGAAGUUUUUCUUCCAGACUGAUACUUGUCUGGCAGGAGUUUGACUCUAAAACAACAUUAUAUAGAAAAAUGUUCUAAUGAAGGGGUGGGAGGAUCGGGCAGAAGCCUGAUGUGGUCCUGUCUGUUAGAGAUCUGUUUAGCAGAAGAGAAACUUAAGAGGACACAGUGCUAUUGGAGCCAGUGCCUACAGUGAUUUUUUCCAUUCUAAUAAAAAGCAGCAAUGGGCUUGAAGGCUUGAAGCUUUAAAGAAGGCUUAUUAGAGUGAUAGAGUGAUAGCCCUGUGGGCUAUAUGUCUGUUUUAGGUGCAGUUUCCAAUGGCCAAGUGCAUAGGACAUUCACAAAAUUUAAACAUAAGCAAGUAGAUGUGUUUUCAUCCAUCUGCACGGAGAUGUGCCUCUGUGUGUGUGCUCAUCCAUCUGCACUAGCUGUUUUGGUUCUGCUUGUCACUCUUUACUUUGGGCCAGUUGUGUUUGCCCUGUACUGAGUGAGGCACACUGGUGGUUUGUGAAAGAGAGGCCGAACUGGCCCCUCAAAACCUGUGGCUCCUUAGAAAAUGGUACCCUGAACACUUAAAAGGACUCUGUGAAGCUCUGCUGAUAAAUAUUAUUGUGUAUUGAAGGGCAGUAGUUUGUGACAUUGCUGCAUUUCCAUGCCAGGGCAAAGGAAUCCUCUGCUGGUUUCAUAGUGACAUAACUCAUCUGCCUUCCUGGCAACAGAGGAAGGUUACAAUUAAAAUUUUAACUUCAAUUCAUGCUGACUGUGUGUCCAGAGUGUCUCUGUAGCAUAUGUAGUUUGUAAUGCACUCAACAGUUGCUGUGCCCUCUGCAGCAGCCAGCUGCAACAAAGCAAGUCUGUAGUGCAGUUUGGAAUAUCUUUGCUUUCAGUAGUAGUUACUGUUUUUUCAAAGCAGAAUUUCCAUGUCAAUUCCACCUCUUUCACAGAUGAAGUUAAAUUGAACAUUGAAAUGAAAAAGCCUCCAGUUUCCAAGACUUACUUCCGGUGUGAUUAAUCUGAAAAAUUUCAGUGAGACAGGAGAGAGAAAAGGAUUAUUAACAGUUCUGCAUUUGUUGUCACUCUUGUUUUUGGUUUUGUCAAAAAUUCACUGGGUUUUUAUGGGUUUCCUUCUUCCUUUGACCAAAUAAAUUUUCUUCUUAACACCUUGUAAUUUACUUUUAUUUUUUUAUAUAAACAAACUUCCAUACUUGGAACACUUCAGUUCUUAGAUGGUAAAGCUUUCUUUUAGCUGCUUUAUUGUUUAAGGAAGAUUGAACUUAGAGCAGGAGUGAUUUUAACAUAUGGAGAAGCACGAGGAGUGUUGACAGGACUUUCACAGCACUGUCAGGCAAUACCACACAUGCAUGGUGUGGUGCAAAAUGAAUGGGAGGGUUGCUGUAUCCACUGGGGGAAACCCUGUCACAGAUUAACGUGCAUAAAUUUCUCUGUUCCUAUUUGAAAUGUUUCCAGUGUGGUGAUGAUGUUCUCCCUGUGCAGUUCAGUUCAGAAAAAAAAAGGAAGAAAUUAGUAAGGUAGAACUGGGCUGUUCUUAGUUUUCAACACAAGUUCCAGUUCUUUCUGUGGUUGAUUCUUCAUCCAACUGGUUCUGCUAGGAGAAGCAGAAAUUCUGGUCUCAAAAAGUAUUUGUGGAGACCUCAUAUAAGACAAACGUUGAAAUUUUUUUCCCUGCUUCACAUAAAAUGUAAAAUAAAUCUAUAAAAAGAAAUAUAUAAAGGAAAUUACCUAGCCUUUGAUUCUUUUAAGUAUUUUUAAGAGGGUUUAAUAUGCUUAAAUAUGCUAUGAGGUUAGAAGGAGAGAGAACUGGAUGAAUUGUUCCUUAGGAGCCAUGUACUAACUCCUGAAAUACCCUACUGCAGAUUUAAAAGUUGCUGCCAAAUAAUCUCAUUUCAGGGGAUGGGCCAGCAAAAUGGGACAUCUGGCCAACUACCCCUAGAUUUCCCAUUUCUCUGGAAAUUCAGCAGAACUUGAAAAUUCUGUGUUGCAAUUCUUUUACUCUAUCUUCCAUGUCAUUUUACAUUUCUGAUAAAUACCUCACAUAAAAGCAUGUGAUCAUGGAGGAAAUGCAGCAGGAACUCAAAAAUGGCACUUCAGUCAUCUGUAACAUUCACCUUUCUUGCACACAUGUAUUGUGCUGCAGUCCUCAGUCAUGGGAACAUGUGCACCUUUUUUGCUGAAAGACACAAUGUUCCUUGACUAGAAUGCCACUGUGGUGCUGCAGACUUGAUUCUGCCUUCUCCAGAAGGUUGCACCUUCACUUUCAAUUAUGCCAGCUGUUGGUAUAGUCCUGCCCAAAGGGAAUUCUUCACUUCCUGGUGGUACUGUUUCUCAUGAGCUUUUCCCAGCUCCAGUAGAAAGAAUUAUACCCUGAAGUCAAAAGUUGUCAUCCAAUCAGUCCUGAUUUCAAAAACUGGUUUCCUCAUUCAUUACAAACAAAUCAGCUUUAUUUUCAGGAGGAGUUUGAGAUUGGUUGAAGAUGCUUUGAAGAUAGGAGAAAAAUGUAAUAAGUCUUUUCUACUAAAAGUCUUCUUAAAAGGAAUGAGGAAAAAAAACCCUUUCAGAAUUGGUGUGAUAUAAAUGUAACAUAAAAAUGAAGCAAUGACCUGUUUCCUGCUGAAAGAAAAAUUGCUUACUUUAUGGUGAGGUUGUCAAGGGCUCUUGUUCUUUUAGAAUUUCUUCCCCAUACAGCAGCUGAUGGCUCAGCGUGCCUGUGUGUACAGAGAAGAGAUUCAACCCUUUUGAUGAGCAUCAUUUUCUCAAUCAACGUUACGAGUAAGUAUUCAUCCUUUUUGACAGGGGUCUCAUUAAUGGCUGGCUGCAAACAUCUCACACUUGGAAAAAGUGUUAAUAAAAAGCAACCUAAAUUUCUGUAACAGCCUUUAUGAAGUAUAAACAUCACAAAUGUAACACAUACAGAUUUGGUCACUUGUGUCUUUCUCUUAGUAAAAGCUCCUCAUUCAUUAUGUGAAAUAUGCUGUAAAUGUUGGUAUCUUCAUCUCUUGUUGCACUAAGAGCAGUCUAGUUCUUGGUGUAGAAAUUGAGAAAUGCAAGACACAGAUUCAGCUGCUUGAGUUUUAAGUGUGAUUUUUGGCAUGCUGGGCUGAACAUUUUGGCUGAAAGAAUUAGAGAGGGGCCAAGAUUAUUGCCCAAAAUGUGAAAUACAGUCUGUCAAAAUGGAACAUCCCAACUCUGUUUUCAUUCUGGUUUCUUAAAAGUGUGAGCUCCUGGAAAAUGUAUUAUUUGAUAAAUAAUACAUUCGUGCUGUGACAAAAAUAUUUUUUCAUGUUUGUGUACUAAUCAAUCAGCUGUCCACGCUGUCUAACCUGUUGUCUCCUGUGUUCUUGCAUGG